AAAUUCCAAAGGACUUGCCCAGGAGUGGAGAUUUUGUUCUGAACUGCUACAUAGCAGUUGAGACUUGGAAUCUGUGUAACUGAUUUUGGGCUGCAGACAAGCAAACCUCUCACCUGCCUGUUAAGAAGAAAUUCGCCUUCUUUAAGAAGCUACACAGCUGUGGCCUGGGGACUAUCAAAGAGCCCAGUUACUAAAGUCCUGGGAAGAUCAAAAUGCCUACUCUGGAAAAAUCCUGUCUGUUUUAGUCUUCUCCCAGCUUCAGUAAUAUGAUCGCCACGAGACAUGAAGGCACAGGUAGAGCUGUCUUUUUUCUUCAUUCUCAUCCGGUCUCUGAAUGGAUUUCAUGAUCCAGUCUUUUUAGCUUCCUUCAGUGAUGUUACUAGUGUGAAUGAGCAAAUCAUCAUAGGAACACUUGGUGAAGAUGUAAUUCUCCCUUGCUCAUUUAAGAGUGGGAGUGAAGUUGCCAUUCACUGGAAGAGUCAAGACACUACCUCCAUUGUUCACAGUUACUUCAAAAGCAGUGACCAUCUGGAAAAGCAAGAUCCCAGAUACAUCAACAGGACGUCCCUCUUCCACAGUGAGAUUCACAAUGGGAAUGCCUCUCUAUCUUUGAGAAGAUUAAGCCUUCUGGAUGAAGGAGUUUACAUCUGCUAUGUGGGAACAGCAACUGAAAAGAUCAUAAACAAAGUAGUGCUAAAUGUGGGAGCUUUCCUCAUGCCUAUGAUGAAGUAUGAAAAGAGGAACACAAACAGCUUCUUAAUAUGCAGUGUGUUAAGUCAUCCUCCUCCAAUUAUCAUAUGGAAAACGGACGAUACUCCUGUCUCUAAAAGUGAUAUGGAAGACAGUGAAUCUUGGGGUCUUUUUUAUACUAACAACACACUGGAUGUUACAGGAUCAAAUUCGUCUUAUGAAUGUAUUAUUGAAAAUCCACUGCUGAACUGGAUGGGGAGAUGGACAAGGGAAGAUGGAUUUCAUAAAAUGCAAAGCGAACAUGUUUCACUCUCAUGUCAACUAGUACACCAUUUUUUCCCACCAAGUCAAGAUUUUAAUGUUACUUGGUCCAGAGUGGAAAGUGGGAAUUCCUCUGUCCUGGCUAGCUAUCCGAGCUCCUCACAGAAUGCAGUUAUCCGUGAACUUCGGUUCUCAUGGAACAGAGAGCCUGUACAGCAGAGCGACUUCUCCAUGACUUUGACAGAUCUUAGCCCUUCUGAUAGUGGGGAGUAUUUAUGCAAUGUUUCUUCAAGGAAAUACACUUUACUCACCAUCCACACACUGUAUGUAGAACAGAGUCAAGCCGUCUGGAAAAUUGUUGUUCCCAUUUUGAGCGUGGUUGUUAUAGCUCUGAUUUUGAUAACACUAUGCCUUCAAGGUAAAUCCAGGAACUUCGGGAAUUCCAACACAGACCACCUUCCUGACCCUACCAAUGAGAAAGCUAGCAGGACUGGUAAUGUGGAUGAAAAUAUGCCUCUUACGAACACCGGGCAGGGUGGAAAAUAAAGGCAAACUGUGACAACACAUGAUGAGCAUCCAGGACUCCAGGAUUCCUCUCCCCACCCUUCAUUGGAUGCAGCCAGUGACGUCAGAUCUGACAGUUCCACCACUGCAAAGGCUUAUAACCAGUUUUACAUUCACUCUUCAAGACUAAGCAUCAUUUACUGGGGCCCCAACUUACAUCAAGAUUAUAAAUAUCUGGAUGCAAAGGAUUCCAAUUCAACUUAACAAAACAAACUAUUUGACUUAUUUACAUUCCUGCACAGUCAGCCCAGGAGGCUACAAUGAGGUUUUCACCAAGAACUUGGAAGAAAUAUAUCACUGGCAGCUGAUUCAACUGGUAAUGGGUAGGAGAAGCAGGUAGAAGUCACCUUAGUGAAAAGGCUAAAAAUCAGGGUUUGGAAACCUAGAUAAUUGACUGGUCAAGGUAUUGUGAUCUACUUGUAUGUGAAUGGUUAUCUCACUGCAACCGACUAGGUUAGAAACCCCAAGGAGUAAGAAUGUCAGUUAUUUCCAGGGCUGCUUAGGAAAAAGUCCGUCUCAACUGAAGAUUUGACGUAUCAAGAGUUGGGUUAAGCCUGCCAACACUAGGCUUGCAUAGGUGAGUGAACUUAGCCAUGAAGGUAAGUUUUUUGUUUUUUGGUGAUUUUUUUUUUUUUUUUGAGAGUUUUUUUGCUA